GAGGGAGAGGGAGGGAGUGAGAGAGAGAGAAAGAGAGAGAGAGAGGACGUGAGGUUUGUCUUUGUACUGAAUGAAGAGUUGAGGCCGGCUCCGCUACCUUUUCUUUUUCUACGAGCAGAGUUUGCAUGCUGUAAAUAGCCUAAUAAGCCAGCCAGACCUCACGUUUCAUCGUAUCCGUCGGGCUCUUUUGUUUUGUGGAAGCGGCUUGCCACCCUGCCGGUGUUCCUUUGAGCGAUUUGGACAACAAAAGCAUCAGGUCUAGUUUUUUUUUUCGGGGGAUUUCAAGUCAGAUUCAGUCGGGAUUUCUCUGUCUGGUUGCAGCACAAAAGCGAAGACCACACGUCUAGACCGCCUCUCGUCUCCAUUCGUCGCCCCGUUCACACUUCCACACCUACGGGGGAUUUUUCAAACCGACCGACCAUGGCCGCUGUGACGAGCCCGGAGACGAGCCCCCAGCCCCGGGUAUAUUUCCAGACGCCGGCCGGCACCACGGAGGAACCGGAGACACCGGUUCGGAAGCAGGGACGUGUCACCGUCAAAUACGACCGCAAGGAGCUGAGGAAGAGACUGAACCUGGAGGAGUGGAUUAUCGAUCAGCUAACGGACCUCUACGACUGUGAGGAGGAGGCUAUUCCAGAGCUGGAGAUAGAUGUGGAUGAACUGCUGGACAUGCCCAGUGACGUUGAACGGGCAGCCAGAGUCAAGGACUUACUGGUUGACUGUUUUAAGCCUACUGAGGACUUCGUCUCAGAGCUGCUCGACAAGAUCCGAGGGAUGCAGAAGCUCUCCACGCCACAGAAGAAAUGAUGGCGUCCCAACGUUUCCCCCCUCCAUCCAUUCAUCCUUCUCCUCCAUCCUCGGCCCUCGCCUCUCAUCCUUCCUCCCCAUCUCUUUAGUUUUCUGCCCUUCCCUCCGUUCUCUUCAGUCGAUCUCUCUCUCUCUGUCUGUCAGGGGGAUGCAGACGUUCUCCAUGAAACCUCAUUGAACCUUGUUUGUUCUCAUCUCUGCCGCUUCCUCCGGUAGGCCCUCACCUCUGUCUCCCGGCCUUCUCGUCCUUCCUUCCAUCCUUCCUUCCUUCCUUCCUGGUCAAGAGCUUCCUCCUCCCUCGUUGCCUGGAUCUAGACGUUUGAAUUCCUGUUAUUUUCGACGUUUUAAAACGAGUGGUUUGCGGGUCGAUUUCAUCAGUGAUUGGCUCGUCCCCUCAGUCCAAUGUGACAUCAGUCCAAGUGUUUCGAUUCCCGGCCAAUCACAGCUCUGCUCAGCACCAGACCAUCAAAUCAGACUUCUCUAAUUCAAACAUAAGAUUACAACCGAUGGAAAUGAAGGUGAACAUGUAAGUGGUCUUAAUCCAGGCAACUCUCAUUCCCCUCCCUCCCCUCACUCUUUGCUUUGCUUUCCUCCUCUUCCUCCUCGCCCUCUUCUUCCUCUCCCUGCGCCACCUCCCGCCUCCGCCUGCCUUCGGCAAGAAGAGGAGGAGGAGAAGGAGCCCGAGAGCAAUCCCAUAAUCCCUGAGAGGAGCGCGGAAGAAAGAGAGCGGAGGAAAGAAGAGACGAGAGGAAAAGUGAAGGCCGGCGGGAAGGAACGAGGGCGAAAGAGGAAGAGAGGACGACGAAGGCGGAGGAUUCGGGGGGGUGGGACUCAACUGAAGCAGCCAAUCAGAUCUAAGCAGGGCUUACAUCUCAACCAAUGAGAUUUUUUUUUUUUUUAAUGUUAUUUGUAAGGGGUUUAAACUUGUUGUAAAUGAUCCAGCUACAGUACAGACAAUGUUUAAACUAUGACUACAUUCACUUUAUUUUGUUAGUUCUAUUUUGGUUCGAGGGCGCGGGGUAAAUUACACAACUUUCAUUUUUGAUUUUUAAACGACUUGCCGGUUUUGCGGCCGCUCUUUUCCUCUAGUUUUUUUUUUUUUUUUCCACUCUAAGGCAUUUUGCUACAGCGGUGCGUUUGAAUCCCGUAGGGAAAAAGACUUUUUUUUCGUUUUUCUGGUAGAGACGUGUCUGUUGAGAAUCUGCUGCACUAUGUCAUUCUGGGAAGGAAAUCUGAACCUCUGACCAAAAAAAAAAAAAAAAAAAAAAGAAAAGAAAAAAAAAAGAAAAAAAAAAAAAACAGAAAAAGUAUGUAUAUCUUUAGUACUGCAUAAUUGCCCCAAGAGGAAAAUCUGAUCCCUGGAACACUGGUUGAACCUAAAAAUAAGUCUUGUUUGGCAGUUUUAGGCUACAAAGAGACAUUUUCCUUCUCAGUUAGAAUAGAAAUAGGUUCUUUUUAGGUGGGGUGUGCUUGCAAAUAAUUCAAACUCUUGCAAAAAGGAGUGCACGGUAUGUUUUUGUCCUCCCUCAAAUGCAGUCCUGAGCAAAGGCUUUUUUUCGGAGGCCGCCGCUGCCCAGCCUGCACAUACAUGUGUUCGCCUGUGUGUCGCUAAACGCUACGUGUGUGUAUGUUGCUACAUAAUGUACGGCAACAUUAUUGUAGGGGUGUUUUCUGGCCUGUAUAUUCUGCUGUUCUGUACGACAAAUUAGAUUUUUUAGUAUAGGACUGGUUCCUGUGUUUAUUUUUUUUUUUUGGUUGUGUUUUGUUUUUUAAAUACAUCUUGUCACACAAACACACUGACAGACCGACAGGGGGACCCAGAACAAAGCUGCCUUGUUUUUAUCAUUCUCUCCCUCCCUCCCUCUCUCUCCCUCUCUCUCUCUCUCUCUCUCUUUCUCACUCCCUCUCCUUCUCCUGAGAAACUGUUCUGUCCACCGCGUCGUUUUGUGUUUGGCCGGAGGUCGGUUCAGAGCGCUCCACACGUACACGGAAACUUUGAAAUGGUCGACGGCUGUCUCUGGAGCGCCCGCAGCGUCGGUGGCGGAGCCUCUGAAGCGGCCUGCGGGUCGUCAUGUCGACGGACCGACCAAUGAGAGGGCUGGAGGGGAGGGAGGAUGGGACGGGAGGAAAAGGGGGAGGACGGCCACUGUGGAAAAUUGAAGCUGUCUCAAUGCAUUCAGCUCUCUUUUCUCUCUCUCUCUCUCUCUCUCUCUCUCUCUCACACACACACACACACACACACACUUACACACAGGCCAGCCUUGGGGCGGAGGCAACAGAAACACAUUUGCAAACCACAGCUGCCUCUCACACACAGAUGUGCACACUGGCACCAUCUCUCUCUCUCUCCCUCUCUCCUGUCACACACUUUCCUCCACACGUACACACACUCAGGCACAGAGAGAGAGAGAGAGAGAGAGAGAGAGAUGAGAAGAGGUCCUUGGCUGUGACACAAGCUCUCAGUGUUUCCCUGCUGCAGCUGCCAAUCAUUUCCAAGAAUAAGCCAUCUGUUCCUGGUUCUGGGCCAAUCAGAUCCGAGAACGAGGUCCGUAGGCCAAUGGGAGAAGCAGUAGGAUUUUGCGGUGAUUUCUGUGGCCAAUCGCUAACACCUGUGGCGACGGCAGACCUCGACUAUAGACUCUCUCCCUCUCUCUCUCUCUCUCGCUCUCUCUCUCUCUCUCUCUCUCUCUCUCUCUCUCUCUCUCUCUCUCUCUCUCUCUCUCUCCCAGCUCAAACACACACACACACACUGGCCCAUUUCUGUCUUGCUGCUCUGUCAUUUCUCCUUGGCAUCCUCCUCGUUUCUCCUCCUUCCAUCGAUUUUCAUCCCUCUGCUCAUUCUUCCUCCGCCCCUCCCUCAGCUCCCUUUCUAUCUCUUUUUUUUUAAACAGAUGUUGCCUUAGGUAUUAUUUAUGUUACACAAACCAAAUAAAGGGGAGACAUUCAUUUUUUAAAAGGUGACACAAACCAGUAAAUAAGUGUGUUACUGAGCAAAACUGCGGCAAGUGGAGAAUCUAGGAUCUUCUGUCGCUCUUUUUCUUCUCUUUUUUUUUUUAAAUAAAAGGAGAUUCUGUUGUUGCUUUUUUUUUUUUUUUUAGAAGUGAGUGUUUAAUACUUAGGCCUUGAUACAGUGGUUUUGUUUAGAUAAACAAUGUUCUUUACAUUUACCAUUUGAAUACUGGUCUGUUUUUAUUGUGAUCAUGACACUUAUUGAUGCCAGGCCUUGGAUUAACAUGUAGUCGAAAAAAAUCCAUUCAGAUGCUUUGUGGUGCGAUUGCUUUUGCCUGCCUGGAGGGAAACGGGGAAGGGGGGGUCCAAAUCAGCAGGGUCUGCAUUUUUUGGAGACAUUUUGAAUGAUUGACGCGUACCAGGCAAGCUCAAUCAGUAACUGAUUUGAGUGGAUUUUCAUUUCUAAAUCCAGGUUUGGAUUAUACCUUCUUAGACUGUUAUUGAGAAGUCUGUUUUUUUACUGUUGGGGAAAAUUGCAAAAAAAAUAUAUAUAUACUGAUUAUUAUCAUUGAGGCUUAAUACAAGAGCUAAACCAUGCUGAUUAGAGGAGUGGUGUUGUUUUUUUGGACAAUGAUUAAAUCAAACCAACAAACAAAUGUAGCAAUAUCAACAACAGGUCUUGUUUUUGCCCAAUUUUGUUACACUUUUAUGCAACUUUAAUAAAAAUAUGUAAAAUGG